UCAAGGAUGUUGGAUUUCGUUUCGGCACGAAUGAGAUUCGUUUUUGACUCAUAAGCAUCCAGAGUGAAGCCAUGAACUGGUUGCCUUUGGUUCUCCCGCUCGGCAGCGCCAGUCAGCUUCCCUUCUCAGAUGACACCGCGCAGGAAGAAUCUGAAAAGUGUUGGAUGACGGAAAUGAAUAAUCUUCUUCAAGUUGGCUUGGAAGUUGAACCUUUUGCGAGGGCUGUGAGCAAGAACACGCUCCAUGCGCUUCCACACAACUUCUCAAGUUGGCCGGUUCCGCAGCAAGGCUUGUCUUUGCUGGUUGCGCCCUUGCAAGCCGUGAAUGAGAGAUUGAAAGAAACUCAGCCCUCCACGCUUGUGACUGCAGAGCCCGCCAUGCCUACACUCUUUAUGUUGGAGCAUGUCAGCAACAUUCUGGUCGGCUGCAUAUUCCUGUGCUUCUUUAUUCUUUGCGGCUUUUUGUUUUGUCGCGGCUUGCCCUGCAAAGUGACUCAGCAUUCAAGUGUGAAGCAGGGAUGUCCGACCAGCUGGGUGGUCUUCAUGGGGAUGGUGUACACCUUCACUUAUUUCACGACAGACCAAUAUGUGCCAAGCCUUCCUCAGAUGGGUAUCGACUUGUCUGGUUCUCAGGCACUGAUGAGCGCCACAGUGCAAAUGAACUUUGUAGUGAAAGCAGUAGCUGGUAUAUUCACUGCUGGCCUAUCUGAUCGUAUUGGCCGAAGACCCACUCUUUUAGUUUGCAUGUCGCUCUUGAGUUUGGCAAGUUUUUGUUGUGGAUGCGCUGGUCGUGUGGAAUGGUUUGUAGCUGCCCGCAUUCUUCAGGGGAUUGGAGAAUCCGUGGAGCCAGUGAUUUUUGCGAUGACUCGGGACUAUUUUCCCAAUCCACAGCAACGCUUCGGAAUAGUUGCUGCCUUGCAGAUGAUGUCCAUCGGGGGCAUGUUGGUAGCACCUGUCAUCGGAGGCCUUCUUGCUGAGCUCUUCAACUGGCGCAUGUCAUUCUUUGUGCUGGCCACGAUUUGGGGCGUGCUGGCAAUCUAUUCAUACAUCGCCAUGGUUGAAAGCUGUCCCGAUCAGGAGCACGACGACUACUUGAAAGAUGUACUGCGGAUUCUUGAUCCACACCUUCUUUGCUUGUUGUUGACAGAAAGCUGUAUGAUGGGAGCCUACUUGACCUUUAAUGCCAAUGUCAGCUACUUUGCCCAGACCUUGUUCCACCAAUCUACAAUGACAACUUCUUUGAUUAUGUUAACAUUUGGAGCAUUGAAUGGUCUUGGUUUGACCAUUUCGAAGGCGCUAGAGCUGGGUAGCAUUCAUCGCGUCGCCAAGGUAGCAGUAUCGCUUUAUGCAUUUACUGGCAUCGUGUCUUUUGCGCUUGGAAGUUUCUUCUCCGAUCAUAUCUGGGCAUACUUGCUGGGAUGCUUUCUUCAGGCCAGCACCAUCACUAUGGCCCUGGUUUCUGUCAACGUCCUCUUCUUUGAGCCGCUCAGAGACUGCGCCGGCCUCGCGGCCUCCGUGGAGAUCUUCGCGAAGAGCGUCCUGCCAAGCCUCUUCUCCAUGGCGUCCACGCAGGUGCUGGGGCGUGCCUGGGCCGCUUCCGAGUCUGCGAACGCGCGGCUUUUGGCGGCGCUGUGCGGCUUGAGGCUGCCAGAAGUUCCGGAACGGCCCGGCGCUCUGGCCGCCGCACUCCUGGAUUUGCGGAAGAGCGUGGAGAGCGGCCCCCCACCGCCGGAGGGCACGCUGCCGACCCUGCCAGCGAACUGCGCACGCCAGGUCGCGGCCCGGAUCUCCCAGUUCUUCAGCUCCGCCGCCUCCUCGCUGGUGGCCGCAGCAGGCAAAGCUGGUGGGGAGCGACAACUGCAGCGCCUGGUCUGCGAGCUGUGCCUCUUCUCAGGCACGCCGCUGCGCGUCCUGCGCCAGGCAGGCUUUGCCGCGGCGUGCGGCGCGCUGCAGGCGCUGAAGGCGGAGCGCCUGGUUUUGCUGCAUAGCCUGGAAGAGCUGCAAGGUCGCAUCGAUGGAGUCGCGGAAGGCGAGGGCGCCACAGGCGCGGCGCAGGUGGCGCGGCUCUGCCGCGCCAAAACCGCGGCGCAGCGGCUGCUGGCGGUGCUCGAGCCACGGGUGGCGGAGCUCCAGGAGCAGCUGCUGCUGCGGCUGCAGGACGCCGCGCCGCCUCUGCGCAGGAUGGCGGUCACAUGCUUGGGCCGCCUCAUCCAGCUGCAGCUGGCCAAGGAUGCCGUGCCGCUGGUGCUGCGCGCAGUGACUGACCCCGCGCCGGAGGUGCGUCUGAAAGCCAUGGAGCUGGCGGGGGCGUGGUUCGACGCCAAGGAUCCUGCGGAGCACGUGGCAACGUUGGCGCCGCAGGUGGCCCAAAUUCUGGCGGAGCGCAGCAGAGACACGGACCCCCGCUGCGCAGCCUCUGCUGUUCGCCAGCUGAGGCGGGCCCCCCUGGCCGCACAGCUGUCGGACGCAGACUUCGCCGCGGUGGCGCGCCUUUCAUUUCAGGAAGGCAGCUUGCUUCGCCUCGAGGCGGCACUCUUUGUAGAGGAGCAUUUGCUGCCGGAGCCAGGCUUGGGGAUCGCUCGCGCGAAGGCGCAGGAUGCAGAGGACAAUCUGGAGGGGCACUUCACGGCGGAGCAUGGGCUCAUCGCCGUGGCGGACUUCCUCACGAGCUACCUGAAGGAUGAGCACCUGCACCUCUCCGCACGGUUUGUGGAGGCGCUCUUCGGGCGCGCAGAGUGCUUUCAGCGCUUCAGCGCGUUGGCAGAUCUCUGUGUGCUGGGGGAGGGCGCCGGUGCAGCACGGGCAGUGCCCUGCCUUCCGAGCCGCCAGCGCCUAGCUUUGCUCCACGUGCUGGACGCCGCCCUGCAGUGCGAGGUGCGCCUGGAUGGGCCGUGCGAGGCGCUGCUGGUGAAGCUGCCGUGGCUCAUGGAGCGCCUGGGAAAGGAGCAGGACUUCUUGGAGCUCCUUGCCUCCAUUUGCCGGCGUCUGAUCUGCCACUGCGCCGGCGGCGACGCGCCGCUGCCCCGCGCACUGCUGGCGCCGUUGCUGGCGCCGCUGAAGGCGGCGGCGGCGCAACGGCCGCGGCACGGGGGGCGGCUGAAGCUGGCGGAGGCGUUGAGCGCUUGGGCGCAGAGGAGCACAGAAGUGCAGGGUGCCACACGCCAGCUGGCUGCCGAGCUUUGCUGUGGCCUGGAGGCCUUGUUGCCCCGCGAAGGUGUCGCGAUGCUCUCGCCGGAGGUGGAAGCGAAGGCGUCCAGGCACUUGGGGCCACUGCUGGCGCUGGGCCAAUGUGGCGUGGACCUCUGGACCUGCGAGAAGACAGGUUCUGCGAACAACCUCCUGCGCUCGAGCGUUGCCCUGCUGGAGGCACGCGUGAGCUCCGAAGCAGUCGGAGGAGAGACGCUGGCCUCGCAGCUACUGGAGCUACCCGUGCUGCUCCUCGCCUGGCGCGCCAGGCAGCUGAGCGCCAACGGCGAGGCCACCUCCGGCUCAGGCUCUGGAUGUGCUGGUUUCCUGCUAUCCUGCAACUAUGUCCGCAACUGCUGCGCCAAGUUGGUGCAGCGCGAGAAGAACUUGAUCUUUCGGCUCCAGGCCUUCAGCAGCUUUUUGCUGGUGCUGCACCUGGAAUUCCUGGGGUAUGCUGGUCGCGAGAACGACCUUCCCAACGUGCCAGAAGAGCAUUUGAUUGCCUUGGACUGUGCGAUGAGAGACUUCUUCGCUUCGGCUUCCGCCCGGGCGUCGGCUUCGGCUGCGGGGUGGCGCCAGCCGCUGGCGCUGGUGGCCGGCAGGGGCCAAGUGACUGCCGCCAGGUGGCUGGUGGACAACUACCUCCAGGAGGGCUCAGACGAGCUGCCGGCCGAGGCCAAGGAGACAGCGGCGGCCGCCGCGUCCUGCAUGCUAGCGGAGUGCGAGCAUGAGGCUGUGUACAGCGGUGAGGCUGCUGAGCGAUUGCUGUGCCAGCUGGGGCGCAUGGAUUUGGCAGGAGAGGCGAAUGCGCAGACUAUGGCACAGGUGGCUGCUGUGCGGUUGCUGAGCCGUCUGCGGCGCUACGGGGGUCGCAACGCGCAUGAGGCGUGCCGAGGCUAUCAGCUUCAAUUCCGGGCCGCGGCGCGCUACGCACAAGAGAAGGGUCUCCAGGCGGGUCUCCGGCUGGCCGCGCUGCUGAUCCACUUCUCAGCCCCGCAGAUCGUGCCAGGCAGCCGCGCAGCGGCUCAGCUGGGCCGCGGCCUCGCGGCGGCGCUGCGGAGCGUCGGCGCCGAGAAGCGAAGCGCCGCGGACCUCGAGGUCAUUGUGCCCUUCCUUCGAGAUCCUUGCUGCCCUCUGCCAGGUUCCGCUGCCCGUGGCUUGGCCACGCGCCUGGCGGCAGACCUCGGGCUGCUGGGUCAAAACACCACGUCGGCGCGGCGACCUGGCGCUUGGCAAGCCCCUGCCUCGACUCCCGGUGCUUGGCCGCUGGUGACGGCGCUGCAGCAGAGCGGGGCCGACCGCGUGCUGAAGCGAUCCCACACCUGGCGCGCCAAGAUGCAGUCGACCGCCCGUCGGCGCUUGAAGCGCACGGUCGAGCCUGCGGCCUUUGAGUCGACGCCCUUGGCUCACUCCGCCGCAGCGGCGGAGGGGUGGCUGGCGCCGUUGCCGCGAGGCGGCGCCACACCGCCGCCGAAGCGCCGGAAGGCGGCGAGUCCAGCGCCGGCGCCGGAGGCCAAGCGCAAGCGGGAAGCCACGGAUGACAGGCCUCCAGAGCAGCCUGCCAAACGCCAGUGGCGGCUGCGGGAAGACUGAGCAAGCGCAUAGCCUGACCAACCUGAGUUGCCAAGCUCAAACGUUGAAACAAUAACUUGGUGGCUCCCAGCCAUCCGGUUCCUUAGCUUUUUAGAUCCUUUUAGUGUUUAGUGG